AUCAAACCCAAUGCCUCCAGUCUCUCGCCUCGAGACCGCUGCUUUCCCCUUUGCUGGCCCCUCAUCAGCACAUCAAUCUAAUCCCAAUACACCAGACCUAUCUCAGGAUACCUUACAUGCUCUAGGGGUCCGCAAGGUCUUGCAACGAGUACUUGAUCAAGCCAGGCAUGAAUUUGAAAGCACCGCUGUCGAACUAGAAUCAGUGAUUGUGAACCCUGCUUCGACUAUUGAACCUACCUCUGCCGGCUCAUCGACUCUAUCAGCACUCAUGGAAAUGUAUGGCUGUUCUCGUCUUUCAUCUCAAGAACCUCAAUCCAGUCUCCGUGGCUCAACCAGCGAGCGUGCCCGUCGUCAAGCAUGGCGCGCCAGUUUGCAUUCUCGAAUCCACGAUAACGCACUACUCCUCUCACCGGUCACAUCAAAUGAACACUCGCAUCUCACCUCCACCCCACCCAACUCUAAAAGAUUCUCACUACAAGCCCCCUCAUCACCUAGCAAUGCUUCAAAACUUGAAUCUCAACCUCAUCUGGCUCAUCUUGAAACUCACAAACUUGCUCCACUGGCUUCCCGAAAACCACGCUGUCGAAAUAGCUUUGGUACACCAUCCCAAUCGUAUGAGUAUCAACUUAAAUCCAGCGAAGGCUUCAGUCCGACAGACGAACCCAAUCAACGUCGCUCUCCUGGAUCCCGCCCGGUUUCCUUUCAUGUUACCCAUUCGCCCACACCUGCUGGUACCGAUGGAAGGCGCUCAUCACUCUUGAUACCUGUCGGACGGUCUCCUAAGCCCAGGCCUUGCUCGAUGUCUGCCACAUCCUUUCGCACCUUGUCAUCAUCCAGCCCCAUCUCACAUGCCCGUCGAUCACCCGAGCUGCGUCCUGUGAUACACUCCCCAUCCAGUCCAACCAAUCACUUUGAGGAGCCCAAUUCACCUGUCACCGAGCGUGUCGUGCCGUACUCUCUGGCUUCACUUCAGAAUAGUUUUGAGCGGAUGCACAUCUCUCGCAAACGAUUAAUGUGUUGUCUCCUGGCGUUGGAUUUCACUCUCUUUACACCAAACACCUUGGCCAUGUGGCAAGACACGCUGGAAACUGUUCAGGGUCUACUGAAGACCGUCGAAAGCCUGGGUGGAGAAUUGACAGCAGGUAUGACUGCCGAGUUUGGGCCAGGCUCCUUUGAUACCACUCCGGUAGCCAGAUCAAGCUCCAACGGUCCAACCAACCGCAGCUCGAUUCGCAGAGAAGUAGAGGAAGAGGAAAGUGCCAAAGCGAAGGAGGUUCGAGACUUUGGGCCGCCGAUCCCAGAGGCCGACAAGAAAGCCAAACGGCAUGGGGAUCUAUUGAAUCAGAUGCAGGUGAUGGAUUUGGCCCUGCGGACGAUAUCAGCAAAGAUGAAAGUAUGCGUAGAGGAGCUCGAGAAGGAGACCCAGGGAGAAUCGCACGGUCAACGUGCAAUCAGUGUACACGAGUCGAUCCGGGCCGACCUAGAAAGUCUGGCGCGGGAGUGGGACGAGAGUCGAAGCAAGAUCCGGGUGGUUGUAGAGGGUGAAAAGGUGUCCACGCCGGGACGCAGCCGGCUACGGCCGCACUCGCUCGACAGCAACGAAGGCAGUAUGAGCUUGAGCUCCGGGCGAGCCUCGUCAAUAUAUUCCACCGAGCUCUUGACCCCCGUCGGUGAGCAUGGUCCGGGAGGCAUGUUUGAGAGCGAAGGCCCUGACGAGGAGGGCGAGGAUGAGUCCGGCCCGCUUCUAGCCUCAACCGUUCGGGCCAAGUCAAUGGCACCCCCACCAGGCCUCGAAGAACUUCUGGCAGGCGCCGUCUCGCCCGUCCCCAAAGCUGACCGACGGAGUGGAAUGCGGUUCGAGCCGGUUGGACGUCGGCCAGAGCGAAGGAGUAGCACUGCACUACCUGGUCACUCAAAUCAUAAACCUCCCCAACUCUCGGCGGAAGAACAGGCUGAACUCACCCGGCGUCGUCGGGAAUCAGCCUCCUUCCAACCUCGCUCUCGCCCCCAUUCUUUCCUGAACCUCAAUCCCCCUUCUUCUUCGUCUCCGUCUGCUCCUUCUUCUUCGUCUUUGGGUCAGACUGGGAUCGUCACUGAACUCAAAGACGUCUUGCAUGCACUCAAAACUCGUAGGACUUCAACUAUUGACUCUCAUUAGUCUUGAUCUAUACACUCCUCCUCCCCCCCCCCUUUUUUUGUUGGCCCUCUGUUUGUCAAAAAUGGACCCUCCUUUUUUUGUUGAAUUUUACCUACUAUGUAUAUAUACACGUGAACUUUGACUCUACUCGCAUUAUCACAUAUUUAUAUACCCUUUAAAUCUCGGCACUUAAUUUAUGAUUGUUGCUACUAAUUUUUUUUUUAUAAUCUAUCAAUACUUACAUAUAUGCACCAUUCACAUGCGUGUCUUUCCAAAUACCAUAUCACUCAUUUUUGUCUUUCUUGCAAUCUUUUUUUUAUAUAUCACAUCUGACCUUCUUUUCUCAAGACAUCUUGGUUACAGUUUUUUUUAUCUCAUCUUACCUUACCUUAUCCUAUUCUUACUUUUUCAAGAGUUUAGUUCUCAUAUAUAUUCCUGCAUCCCUCCUUUCCUCCUCUGUACCUUACAUUUAAAAAAAACUAACUUAUUA